AUGCUCCGUCGCAACAGUUCUCGAAACAAGCAACGCCGCCCACUGAGUCGCAGCAAAUCGACCAACUCCAUUGUCCGAAGCUCUGUUCACCUCCUGGAAGUCAUCGAUCCAGUCGCUGCGGAACGAGACGCACACAUUGCGGCUGUGCUCUCCUAUCACCGAGCCCAAAGCAGGCGAGAUGGCUCAGUGAGUGCUUCCGGAGUCAGACGACAGCAGAGUGUACGUUUCGCUGGACCAACUGCACGCCCGCGAAGAGCCCUGGCGUCAAGGGCGACUGAGAACCCAGGAACAUCUGAUGUUGACAACUCGAGCCUCCAUGUCCUUGGUAAUGUGGAUAAUAGACCCGCCUCAACGAUGUCAUACUCUAGGAGAAAACCCGACCCUCACGCUCUGACAAGACGUUACCUAGAUUCUCUUCAAGCGCCGGACCAAUGCUAUGCUCCAGAAGAUGACACUGACUCGGUACCUUCGUCAUUCCGAAGGUUGCGCAAGUCAAAAUCCAUGUUCUCUACUUUCAACCCGCUCACUUCAGGGUAUCACUUCAACAAUGGGACUCCCGAGAAAGUCAACCCACAGCUUGCCAAUUCCGGCUCCACACCCAUACAGAAGGAGAAUGAUCCUAUCCCAAGGGAUCACCCACCUAGGCCCUCAACCUCACUGAGCGUCCUAAAGAGCCGUCGUUUUGUUGGAGCCUCUCGCUCAACUAGCCGCGCUGAGAAUGAUCUUGCUGUUCAAUUGGCCCGAGAGAAAUUCCGGGAGCAGGUGGAAGGACAAUCAAGAUUGAGAUCUCAACCAUCGAUGCUCUUUAGGUCGAGGAAUAAGCGAAGCGAAAGUUCUCUGGGAUUCCGCAAAUCUCUACGCAAUAGCAGCAACAACAGCACUGCCUUGUCGUCGACAUUCUCCACCAAUAGCCUGUCCAUAUCCAAGCAGCCUGGACUUCGAAAAACUGCCCGAAAGGUGUCCAAGACGCUGAAGACCAAGCUGAAAGGGUUGUUUUCCAGGCCGAAAAGCGCAGCAGGCAACGGGACUGAAGGCAAUGACCCGGACCUCUGCGAAUCUGACGGCGAGAGCUGCUUACGCCUAGAAGAUGACCUGACUCACCAUGAAGCAUCAAUGUUUCGAGUGCCUUCACAUGUUCCAUCGCUACACGCCGUUCCUUCACAUCAAGAGAUGAGGUCUCGAAAAGGCAGUGUCGAGAGCAUCGACAGUGGCGAGCACGAGAUUCCUGACGACAAGUCUCGGGUCACCAGCUGGUCAAACUCUAUCACCAACACUGCCUCGAGUGUGUGCGAUUGGGAACGUCAGCGUCUGUCCAUUAUCAAAGAAAAUUGCGCUCAUGUUUCAACCCUUUCCCGAGCCGCAGACGAACACGGAGAGGGGGGUAAAGGACAGGAGACCUCGCCGGGACAGGGAAUUGACAGCGAGCGUGUGUACUCUGCGCUCAUGAAGAGAAUGCAAGAUAUCAAACGGCAAGAAGAGGCACUUAAGGAUCGAAUUAACUCGGGAGAAGGAUGGAGGACAUCCACCAUCAGGAGUGUACAAGCCGAUGACGAUGUCUUCGGGACUCAAGGGGGCGACCCAACGACGAUGAACACCUCCAACUGCGAAAAUGCAAAUUCUUCAAAAGGGUUGAUAGCAACACCGGCAGUCACAGCUUCUGAGUCUCAAGCGACCGUGGACAAAGACGAACCGGCUUCACCACAGAGACGCGUUGUGGCCGUGCAGCUCGAGCCGCCAACCACACUCACACAUAGGAGUUCGGCUUUCUUUGCCAGUCCAACCUGCCAUCUAUUUCGCACAGCAAGCCCGUACCGUCGCGCUUUGCGAGAGAGUAUGAUAGGUUCCGAAGAACAAGAGCAGCCAGAAUUGGCUGGGUCGAAAUAUCUCAAGUCUCUGUCUGCCAUCAGCCUUCCCACACGCCGGACCAGCAGUGCAGGGUCCGACGGAGACCCUCGAAUGGCAUAUGCAGAAAGCGUUUAUUCUUGCUUGACGGAUGAUGUCAAGCCAGCACUCAAGAACCUGCCUGCGGCACCUGCAUCCCAGAAUCAUGGGGAUGCGACAAUCUUUGUUGACGUGCCCACCUACAAGCCUACCCUCCUUCAACAUCAACGAGAUGUAUCAACUGCCAGCUCAGUGGAGUGGAAGACUUGGCUCAGUGCAAACGUUUCAAAGUUAGAAGCUCCGAUCACACCAUCAAAGACCCAAGCCGAGGGAGAAGUAUCGGAUAUGCUUUCAAAAUUAGGGCAUAUCAGAGAAAGAGCAGAGAUUGACUCACCCCAAGAAGCUCUCAGAUCCACGAGGCAGGAAUCCAAUGAACCAAGUGCUCGGAGCCCAUUGAGUCCUAUGGAGGGAAACGCUCGUUCAAACUCAGAUGCCAUAAUACCACAUAGCAAUUCUGCCAGAGGUACGCUACCUUCCGACGAGAAUGAAGCUCCUAGGACUGCCGAAUUUCCAGACAGGGAGGGUAGAUGUCCUCCAAUUCCCCCUCGAAAACACACCCGACCUGGUCCUUCGCUCCUGAUGGCGAAGGAUAACUCUGAAACCAACAAUCCCGAUAAAUUACCAGAGACACCUCGCGUGCUAUCGUUUAAUACCGUUAGCCCUCUUACUCCCUCUCAUGGUGAGUCAAUUCAAAAACGUCGCACACGGCUGCGUGGCACCGGGUGGCACGGAUCGCCAGCUCAGUCAAGCCCAGGUAUGACUGGCGCAAUUGAACGAGAAUCACCGGUGCAGAGAUCUGGUUGGAGUACCAGCCACUCAACACCUCGGACUCGGAGACGAAUUGAUAGAUACAGCGACAACCAAGAAGACAGCGAACCGGGUCGCUUGGGGCUUGACACGGAAGGAAUGGGAAGUAAGAUGAUGGUGGACAUGUUUCUAAACAGCCGGCGCAAUAGGACACCAGGCAGUGUCACCGGUGUGAGAAUGGGGAGUUCCCCAGCGGCAUUUAUAUGAUUCUUGUUGGUGUGAGAGGAAUAGUGUUAUUGGAGGAUCGUGUCGAGCCUGUCGACAUGGAAUGUUUAAUGCGUGGCUUCUAUAUUAGAGUAGCCACCGAGUUCUCAUGUUGUAUAUACCUUACGGCGGGUCAAGGGAAUCGGAGGCACAGGGACGUCGCUGCAGGAUCCAGAAUUAGACAGACCAGAUAGAAGUUUGCAACAGACACAUACACAAUUAACGCAGCUG